AUACUGACUGAUUUUCCCUCCCAGCUCAACCAUGUCAAUACUUGACUGGGUAUUUCUCCGGUGCAGAGCUUGUGAAGAGACGGAGAGCUCGUGUGUCCCAAUAUACCGACGUCAUUCACACCGGGAGCUAUCGGGACGUCAUGUGAUUUUAUGCAUCGCAUUGCUGACUCAUGAAUAAACUGGCGGCUAACCGCAUCUGGUAAGCCCCAACCGCCGCAACUUCCAUCGCUGUGCCGUUCGGACGACUGCCGCAGAACCAGCUCUUUCGAACCGCUUCAUUCGCCCUAACCGUUCAUUCUCGAACCCCUUCCCCUCAAUCGUCAUAAUGGUCGUCUACUACCAGCUCGCCGGCAAGCAAGUCGGCUCUCACCACCUCGCUCUCGGUAUCCUCGGAUCCCUCUUCGGUGGUGUCUACCUUGCUACCCGUGGCGGUGGUGCCCAGCAGAAGCCCGCUGCUCCCCCGAUCCAGGCGUCUUCCAAGGACGAGGAGGUUUUCAUUCAGGACUUCCUGAAACAAAUGAACGGGGAGACCAAGAAGGAAAACAACUAGAGUAUCCCUAGGAUAACUGAAAGGCCGGAUGAUGUCCUGAUCUUCAAGACUCGAAACACGAUGCAUUUCCCCCAGGAUGACCCGA